UUUUUCCCCCUUUUGUGUUGCUUGAACUUGUUCUGAAUUAAUUUUUUGGUUGCUUGGACUUUGGACUUUGAUUAGAUUACAUUCCUGAUGUAUUUUUCUUUUGAAACUGAUAUAUUUUGGAAUUUAUUGUUAUUGAUUUUGCUGAUUUAUUUAUUUUUUGGUAUUUUUGCAGUUCAGGUUUAAGUUUGGCUGCUCUUCUUCUUCUUCUUCCUUUUUAGUUCAUGAUUUUCUCUCUUUUGUUUAUUAAGAUUGUCGGAAUGAUUGACUAGGCAAAGGAUAUAUAAUGGAAUGUUAUGAAUUUGUUAAGUUGUGUGAAUUGAGAAAAUAGACUAGUAUUUGGAAAUGUUUUUAUGUUCCGAUCAUUUUGGUAGUGAAUUUUAUGUAGUAAAUGCCAAAUUUGUUCCUGUGUAACCAGAAUAAGUGUGGCUUUUUGAAUUAAUUUUUGGGUUUAAUUGGAGAUGAUGGUGUACCAAAUAGUUGAGCAAGGGGUAGUAAAUGUCAUAUUUGUUCCUAGUUUCUGAGACUGCUGAUCAGCAUUUUGUUUAACCUCGGAUAAAGGGUUCGAUCAAAUUUUACAACAUAGUAUCUUAGAUUGCCUUCUUGAAACUGAGUUUGGAGUAUGACGAUAGCUCAUGGAGUAGCAUUUGUGAAAUAGAAUUUAAGUUUAUUGGCCUGGGAGUUUUGCGUUCUCUCUAAUAUUAAAUACUGUAAUUUUCCCAGCUUUUCUGGAGGUCUUUCACUUUUAUGAGCUAUAUGCAUUAUCACUUCAUUCCCAAGUUCAGUGCUUUUAAGGACUCGCUGUUCCUUUGUUUGUUUUAUCUCGAUUUUUUUUAAGAACAUUUAUAAGUUUUUGUUCGUUCUUGUGGUAAGCUAACAGAUAAUGUGUAAUGUCCUAUUCACCAAACGUGAUUUCUUUCUGGUUGUGUUUUGGGAUUCUGUUUUCAAUCAAAUAACCUUUUGAAUAAUGCAGCUUGGAGGGUUAUAGCCAGUAUUACCAUUGAUGAGGUCGUUGCAUUAGGAGUUGUUGGCCAUUUUUAAUUUGGACAAACCUCUCCUGCAGCCCUUGGAAAGAAAAAUGGCUACUGACCUUGUCAACGCUGCAACAAGUGAGAAACUCUCUGAGAUGGAUUGGAUGAAAAACAUUGAAAUUUGCUAAUUAGUUGCAUGUGACCACAGAAAAGCUAGAGAUGUAAUCAAAGCUGUUAAGAAAUGCUUGGGAAGCAAAAAUGCUAACACCCAACUACUAGCUGUAAUGUAUUUCAGUUGCUGGAGAUGCUGAUGAACAAUAUUGGAGACCAGUCCAUAAGCAGGUUAUAGACGCAGGAGUCCUUCCUGUACUUGUAAAGAUAGUAAAGAAAAAGUUGGACCUGCCAGCACGAGAGAAAAUAUUUCUUUUGUUAGAUGCUGUGCAGACGUCUGUUGGUGGUGCUUCUGGGAGAUUUCCUCAGUAUUAUUCUGCAUACUAUGAAUUGGUGGUGGCUACACAUCAAGUUGUUUUGUAUAGUCAAAUCUGUCUGAUUAUCUCUUUAGUAGUUAUCCUCGUCAAUGAAAAUCACAUGCUGGUUAAUUAACUUGGCUUUCAUCUGAUUCUCUUCUAUUGCCACUUUUGCAAAUCUGUUUUACAAAAUCCUCUUUAGUAUCUUAAAUAUUUGUUGAUUUUACGUAUAAUUUAUUUCGAUUUCUGAUCCACCAGGAUAAUGCUUCAAGAUGUUUGGGAGAGCUUUUCGAGUAUUCUUCAGAAGGCUGGAGCUGCACUGGAGGUUUUAAGAGAAGUACUUGAUGCUGUUGAUACUAGACAUCCUGAGGGAGCAAAGGAUGAGUUCACUCUUGAUCUUGUGGAAAAAUGUUCUUUUCAGAAGCAACGUGUCAUGCAUCUAGCCAUGACUUCUCGGGAUGAUAAAGUGGUUUCUCAAUCAAUUGAGCUGAAUGACCAGCUUGAAAGAGUUCUCAAAAGGCAUGAUGCACUUAUCUCUGGAAGGCCAACAUCCACAUCAAUUCAUGUUUACCAUGAAGAAACAGAGGAAGAAGAGGAGGCUGAACAGCUUUUCCGCAGGAUUAGAAAAGGAAAAGCCUGUCUUCAGCAUGAAGAUGAAGGCCCUCAAAUUGAUAGGUCACUCUGUCAGCUUGGAUCUUCUGCACGAGCAGAAAUACUUAAUCGCCCGCUUAUAUGGCCACUGACUCUGGGACCAAAGCAAGACUCUAAUGGAAGCAGACCGGCAGUUGCAAUUCCACCACCUCCCGCAAAACAUAUCGAGAGGGAAAAUUUUUUUCAGGAUAACAAGGUGGAUGGUGCUGCUCUUGCUAGUCAUGUUAGGGGUCUUUCUUUGCACAGUCGAAAUGCAAGUACUAGUUCUCGCAGUGGCAGUAUGGAUUUUAGUUAUGACAACUGUCAUUGAUCUUGUAUUUCCCAAUUUUUGGACU